CGCUCAGAUAAAGAGCACAGUAAAGAGGAAGUUGUAUGAAGACAGCCGAGUCCCCAUUUCCUCUGAAUCCCCGAAGAAGAACGUCAAGAAAUCUGCAGUUGCCAUGACGCCGGCACCCGCCCCCUCAGCACCCGCCAUGAUUGGCGUGCCGACCCAGCAAGUUGUUGUGGCAACAGGGAUGCAGAACAGCCCCUCCCUGGCCCCGCCUCUCAAGAAGCAGAAGACGGCAGAUGUGACUCUCAGCGCUCUGAACGACUCGGACGUGAACAGUGACCUCGUCGACAUCGAAGGACUCGGAGACGGAUCGUCCAACAAGAAACUCAACUUCGACCAAGAGAGUCUGAACCUGGACUCCAGCCUCAUCAUGAACUCCAGUGACCUCCCGCUCCUCUCCCGCUGACCUUUGACCUCCAGUCUUCUUCCUGUCCACACUUUUGUAUUUUCUACACAGUCACACUCUCGCUUAACAUUUCUGAAGCAAACACACAAUCCUCUUCAUUAGCGUUAAUUUAAACAUUUUAAAGUUUUUGUUCAAAUUUAGUUUUAUUCUGGAUCCAAAAGUUUAUUUUCAUUUUCUUCUUGUUUUUGAAAAUAUCAACUGGAGGAACUGAGGUCCGUUUGUUUUUCUGUUUGAAGCAGAAUUAUGUUUCACUGAUUUUUAAAAUCAUCUGAAGAAACACGUGGAACAUCGAGAGUCGUCCGUUUGAAGAGACGCAGUCGGGGAAAGUAGACGAUACAUUUUUGACUCAAGUGAGUCACUUGUUCUGUUGAUUCAUGUUUCACUGUAAUUUGAUCUGAAAUAAGCAUCAAUCUGAAACUCAUGUGUUACAGCGUCCAUCUUAAAAUCCGAAACAAAAGAUUCAACCAGUGUCUGAUCAGAAGAUAUUUUUAAAUCCAUCGAACAUUUCUGGGAGUGAAUUAAUUCAGUAACUUGAGGAAACAGUUGAUCAGAAUAUUUUCCCAGCGUCUUCUCUCCUGCUACUGAAGAUGAAAAUCUUUAACAACAUCUCACACAUGGUUUCAUCCUUAAAGAAGCUCCGAGUCAUUAUAAUAAAAAUAAUAAUGUCAAUUAUUAGGUUUGAUUUACAAAAGAAAACUGAGCAAUGACAGGAAGUUAGAAAAUCUGAUGUUUGAACUGUUCAUAAAUCACUGAUGUAAAAACAUUGUUUUUAUUAUGUUUAUAAAAAAAAUCUACAUUUGCUUCUUUU